AGAAGUCUCCUGCCGGGUCCGCCUAAGCGAGGGCUGGGCUAAGAUGGCGGCGCCCGUCCUGCUGCGAGUCUCGGUGCCGCGCUGGGAGCGGGUGGCCCGCUACAUCGUGUGUCUGGCCGGAAUUAUUCUUUCGCUCUACGCCUACCACCUAGAACGUGAGAAGGGUCGCGACCUCCAAUACCAGGCACUCUGUGACCUCAGCGAGCGUGUCCGGUGCUCCUCUGCCAUCUCCUCCAGAUGGGGUCGAGGAUUUGGCCUACUAGGCUCCAUUUUUGGAAAAGACAGUGCAAUAAAUCAACCAAACAGCGUUUUUGGUCUUAUAUUCUAUAUACUGCAAAUGUUGCUUGGUAUGACAGCAAGUGCAGUAGCAGCGCUGGUCCUCAUGAUGUCCUCCAUAGUGUCAGUAAUAGGAUCUUUGUACCUAUCUUAUAUUCUGUACUUUGUGCUGAAGGAAUUCUGCGUUGUCUGUGUCAUCACAUACUUGCUGAACUUCAUUCUCUUGAUCAUCAACUACAAACGACUAGUAUACUUGAACGAGGCCUGGAAACGGCAGCUCCCACCAAAACAGGAUUAACUGCUUUGCAAACUUUUGACUGACAA